AUGGGAGAAAAGAUUGAUCUAGUCUUCAAUUGUCAGCACUACGCAGAAACUAAGAAGAUUCAAGUUGCUGCUACUGAGUUCUAUGAUUAUGCUUUGAGUUGGUGGGAUCAGCUAGUUACAAAUAAGAGGCGCAAUGGUGAAUACCCUGUUGAGACUUGGGCAGAGAUGAAGGCUCUUAUGCGCAAGAGGUUUGUGCCUAGCCAUUACCACCGAGAUCUCCAUCAGAAGCUAAGAAAGCUCACACAAGGCUCACGGACUGUAGAAGAGUAUUUUCAAGAGAUGGAGUUGUUGAUGCUGAGAGCUUGCAUAUCAGAGGAUAGAGAAGCUACUAUGGCACGGUUUCUUGGAGGACUUAACCGUGAGAUACAAGACAGUGUGGAGAUGUAGCACUACUUGGAGAUGGAGGAGAUGCUACACAAAGCUAUCUUAGUGGAGCAACAAGUCAAAACGAAAGGGCACUUUCGAUCUAGUUAUGGAACUAAAUAUCAAGGAACUAAGGAGGACAAACCGAGUUAUCAGAAGGAGAGAAAGCCAUAUCAGAAAGAGGAGGCCAAGCUUGUUAGUAGCUACAACAAAGACAGGGGCAAAACCGAAGCUACUAGUACAAGAGCUCGAGAUUUGAAGUGUUUCAAGUGUAAUGGGCGAGGGCAUUAUGCGAAUGAGUGUACUAACAAGAGAAUCAUGAUCGUUCUUGAGAAUGGAGAAUAUGAAUCUGAGGAUUAUGUAUCUGGAACUGAUCAUGAGGAAUCUGAAGGAGAAUGUGAAGAAGAACCGGUAAAAGGGAGGCUGUUGGUGGCAAGAUGACUUCUGAAUCUACAAUCCAAGACCGAAGAGCUCGAGCAGCGUGAGAAUUUGUUCUAUACAAGGUGUCUUGUUCAAGGAAAGCUGUGAAAUGUUGCUAGUGAGACAAUGGUGAAGAAGCUAGGAUUGAAAGUGCAGAAACACCCAAGGCCAUAUCGGUUGCAAUAGCUUACUGAAGAAGGCGAGAUGAAGGUAUCUACUCAAGUCUUGAUACCUAUUUCUAUUGGGAGAUAUGAGGACGAGAUUCUCUGUGAUGUGUUACCAAUGGAAGCGAGCCACAUCUUGCUUGGGAGGCCAUGGCAAUUUGAUAGACGUGAAUAUAAAGAUGUAUUUCCGGAAGAUAACCCCAGUGGUUUGCCACCCGUACGUGGGAUUGAGCAUCAGAUUGACUUUGUACCAGGAUCUGGUCUUCCUAAUCGACCAGCAUACAAGACCAAUCCAGUUGAGACCAAGGAACUCCAAAGACAAGUUGAGGAACUGAUGGAGAAAGGUCACAUACGAGAGAGCAUGAGCCCAUGUGUCGUACCAGUGCUUCUUGUUCCUAAGAAAGAUGGUAGCUGGCACAUGUGCUUUGUUGUGAGUGCAGAUGGAGUAAAGGUGGAUCACGAGAAGGUGAGAGCAAUUCAAGAAUGGCUGAGUCCUAAGACAGUAAGUGAAGUGAGGAGCUUCCAUGGGCUUGCUGGCUUCUAUAGGCGGUUUGUAAGAGACUUCAGUACCAUAGCAUCUCCCUUGACAGAGGUGAUCAAGAAAGAAGUCGGAUUCAAGUGGGGAGAAGCACAAGAAACUGCCUUCCAAUGCCUUAAAGAGAAGCUUACUCAUGCCCCUCUUCUUAUACUUCCAGAUUUUAAUAAAACUUUUGAGAUUGAAUGUGAUGCCUCUGGUAUAGGAGUGGGUGCUGUAUUGAUGCAGGAAAAGAGACCUAUAGCUUACUUCAGUGAGAAGCUUGGACGCGGCACUCUCAACUAUGCAACUUAUGAUAAAGAGUUGUAUGCCUUGGUGAGAGCUUUGCAACCUUGGCAGCACUACUUAUUGCCCAAAGAAUUUGUGAUACACACGGAUCAUGAGUCUCUCAAGUACUUGAAAGGACAAAACAAGCUCAGCAAGAGACACACAAGAUGGGUAGAAUUCAUAGAAACAUUUCCUUAUGUCAUCAAGUACAAACAAGGUAAAGAAAAUAUAGUUGCUGAUUCACUAUCUCGAAGACAUGAAGAUUACUUGUUCUAUGAUAAUCAUUUGUGUGUGCCUCACUGUUCUUUGAGAGAUUUGUUUGUCAGGGAAUCCCAUGGAUGAAGUCUUAUGGGACAUUUUGGUGUAGCCAAGACCCUUAAAGUUUUGCAGGAUCAUUUUUUUUGGCCACACAUGAGGAGAGAUAUAGAAAGAAUCUGUGAAAGGUGUGCAACCUGCAAGCAAGCUAAGUCCAAAGUCCAAACUCACGGUUUGUAUACUCCUUUGCCCAUUCCUUAUCAUCCUUGGAAUGACAUUUCUAUGGACUUCAUUGUUGGGUUGCCUAGAACUAGAACCGGAAAGGAUUCAUUCUUUGUUGUUGUUGAUAGGUUCUCUAAAAUGGCACAUUUCAUAGCUUGUCAUAAGACUAAUGAUGCAUUGCACGUUGCUAAUUUGUUCUUUAAAGAGCUUGUACGCUUGCAUGAAAUGCCUAAGACUAUAGUUUCAGAUAGAGAUACUAAGUUUCUUAGUUAUUUUUGGAAAACUCUAUGGUCUAAACUUGGAACAAAAUUGUUAUUUUCUACUACUUGUCAUCCUCAAACUGAUGGACAAACUGAAGUAGUUAAUAGAACUCUAGGAACUCUCUUGCGUGCAUUCAUUAAAAAGAACUUGAAAUCUUGGGAAGAUUAUCUGCCUCAUUGUGAAUUUGCAUAUAACCGUUCUAUGCAUUCUGCUUCUAAGUUUUCCCCAUUCGAAAUUGUUUAUGGGUUCAAUCCGACCUCACCUUUGGAUCUAAUGCCUUUACCUGAGUUAUGGAUCCACCUUAGGAAGGUGAGAUUUCCAAAUGAAAGGAAAUCCAAGCUGAUGCCGCGUAUUGAUGGCCCUUUUGAAGUUAUAAGGAAGAUCAGCAACAAUGCAUACAAAAUGGACUUGGAAGAUGAACCAGAUUUGAGGACAAAUCCUUUUCAAGUGGGAGGGGAUGAUGUGAUCAUGGAACAGCUAUCUGAUGAAGACAAGGAGAUCAAAGGCAAACCAGCUGAUGAGGAUGCCUUAGCGACUCCAGUAGGGCCUAUGACUCAUUCCAGAACCAAGAGACUUAAUGAGACCAUUGAAGGAUUGCUUGGUAGAAGCUUGAUCAACCAAGACACACUUAUCACCAUUCAAGCUACUUCCCCAUCAAGCUGA